CAGCGGAGCUGAAUUUUGCCCAGGAUCCAGACACCCAGCUCGGCCAUGACAAGCAGCAGCGUGGAUGUGGCAUGCGAGAGGUGCCAGUGCCACAGCGAGGACACCCGCACCGCCAUCCUCUACACCCUCCUGAGCCAGAACCUGAGCCAGAGCCGCGUGAGCUACGGCCCGGCCCAGCAGCGCUGCCUGUGCCACCAGCGCCGCACCGUCUGCCUCCGCACGCCCCACGUCACCUGCCAGGCAGCCUCCGACGUGCUCGUGAAAACCGUGAGCUUCAUGAAGAACCUGCCCUCCUUCCAGCUGCUGCCCCGGGACGACCAGCUCCUGCUGCUGGACAGCUGCUGGGCCCCCCUCUUCCUGCUGGGGCUGGUGCAGGAGAUGGUGACCUUCGAGGUGAUGGAGACGCCGGCCCCCAGCAUGCUCAAGAAGAUCCUUCUUGAUGGCCAGAGCAAACAGCAGGAGCCCGAGAGGACGCAGCCCACGCUGGCUGCAGUGCAGCGGCUGCAGUGCUGCCUCAACACCUUCUGGAGCCUGGACCUGAGCCCAAAGGAGUAUGCCUACCUGAAGGGCGCCAUCCUCUUCAAUCCUGAUGUCCCAGGGCUGAGGGCCUCCCUGUACAUUGAGAGCCUCCAGCGGGAAGCGCAGAGAGCGCUGCAAGAAGUGCUGCGGCCGCUGCACCCCGAGGACCAGGGCCGCUUUGCCCGUACCUUGCUGAUCGCUUCCACCUUGAAAUCCAUCCCUCCCGCCCUCAUCACGGACCUCUUCUUCAGGCCGGUCAUCGGCAAUGCGGACAUUGUCGAGCUCAUUGCGGAAAUGUUCUACGAGAUCACGAGCCGGCAGCCAGCUCCGGCGUCGCACGUGGCACCCUGA